CCGACAUAAAUUGUGUACUCCCAUUUUUGUCGGUCAGUCCCACCCAUUUUCUUUUGAAGUGGUGGAUUCGAAAUAGAAGGGGCCCAGGGAAAAACUUUCACAGAUAGGUUCUCCUACCCUGCCACUAGAAAUUUGCAUGCCACUAAAAUAUCCAAUCACCAGUUGUUGUGGUUCAGGUGAGCAAGUUUUUAACAUGGAUACCUUUAGAUUCCUGGAAGUUGCACUUUCAUACUCAAAAAUAAGUUUUCCUAAGCAGUGUUUUCAACAGAAUACAUGCCCCCGAGCCUGCUGGUACACCAAAUGUUUAGACAUCGCAUCGUGUCAGCGCCUCAUUUAAUCCAUAAUUCCCAUUAGUCUCCCCCUUCCAAUGUCAAUACCUACGCCACUAGAUACAGUGAGAUACACUCAGAAAAAGGGACACUCUUUCCUGUAAAGAGUGCUAUAGUAGAGGUACCUAGUUGGUGUUUUUCUAAACAGAAAAACUUCUUCUAAAUAUCGGCCUGAAAAUGAUUUCAUUUUAGCAAUGUUGUGCAGGACAGAUCAAAAUCUUUGGCCGGCUGGAGUUGGCCCGCUGGCGGGGGAUUGAAUAACGGGGCUGUAUACAGUACUGUAUAAAUAAAAACAGGAGAUACGGUGAAGAUUUUCAUCAAAAUUUAUUUGAAAACAGUUAAUUUAUACUUUCGGUCAUAGACAUUUAUCAAGUUAAAAAAAAAAAAAAUGGUAACAUAUAAACAAGACAAAGGUGGGGAGGGGGGUUAUAUAAUAGGCCAAUAGGAGUUAGAAACAUAGAUCAUUGGAUAAAAUAAGGAAUGAGAACAAUAAAGAGCUCCAUACGUGGUCUGCAUAUACAACCCUUAAAGGUGCGAAAAUAGCAUUAAUAACAAUAUAUAAAUAUAUUUAAAAAUAAAAUAUAUAUAGGCCUAAAAUACAUGGAAUGUCAAAAUCUAUAUAAUAUAAAUUAAAAAAAUGGCAUAAUAUAAGGCCUAUAAUAUAAUCAAGUGAAUAAAUAGAUACAAACGCACUGUCGGUACCAGCAUGAGAGGCGCGAAAAUGGUUCAUAACAGUCAGAUAUACAGUAAUACAUGUCUUAUAUAAAUAUAUUAAAAUAAAUAUUUUUUUUUUUUGUGAUAUAAGGGGGAGGGUGCGCGUCGCAGGCGCCCCCCCCCCCCUAAAUCCGCCCCUGCAAAUGGGGACAAUGCCAUGACACAAACACUACCCCCGAAGCAAUUGAAUUCAGUAAAGACGCGUCAUACUCGAAAGUCACUGACGACAACGGCGCGCCAUAAGUAAGAAGCGCCUGAUCGAUCCUCUUUGAUUGAGAGAGGAGGACUAAACUCAUCGGCAUGGAUUGACCCUAUGUUUCACAAGCUGGUGAUAGUUAUGUACAUGCUGUAGAUAUUAUUUAGCCUACUUAAUUAUUGAUACAAGAAUAUAGGUUUCAAGAUCCGAUGGUAACAUACAAAGAGUUUCAUCUAAGCUUUCUAUAAAGUUAUUGUCAUCGGGACGUCUAUAGCAUGCUCCAACUAAUGGUUUUGAGCGUGGCAAUAAUAGUUUGAUCCAGGUUAUUUCCAUGUCGCUAUGUUCAAAAUCAGACAUUAAAUGGCAGACUCUAGAGAUGUAGAUCUGUUGCCUAGCAUCCGUCAGCUAAUCACCAAGAUUGAGCCUGCUAUACAGUCAGCUGACUCACUUGAAGCUGCAGAAGAUACAAUUCUUCAUCUUGAAGCUACUGACGAGAAUUUCCAUCGGUAUGAAUACGUGAAGUAUAUCCGUCAGCAUAUGGAUAAAGUCCUGGGCUCAUUAAUUGAGGAACAAAUGGAGAAGCAUACCCACAAAAUGCAUGCGAAAGGCUCUGAAGAAGAUCUGGUUCGGGCCGUUACCCAACAUGUGGUAAAUGAUCAAACGUAUUCUGAAAUGAUGCAAAAUCUGAAACAACAUACCAAAGAUUCUGUGGAACGUUUAUUACUUACAUUUGAUGAGGAUCACAGUGACUGUCCGAUGAGGGAAGCGCAUUCUAUGCGGGAUAGUCCCAAGCGGUGUAGUUUUGAAUUCAGUGAGGGAAGCUCUUCAUCUUUUGACUCGUCUUUCAACCAGGGUUUCAUGUUCAUGAACCAAGGACACUUUGUGACCAUCUCUGAAAACCUAGAGCCCCUGAAAGCUUUAAAAACAAGACAGGAUGCUAUAACCAAGCUUUGCCAAAUUCCACCUUCAGAUGUUUUGGCUUGUGACCAAUGGGAACACCUGAGAGCAGGUCUGACCAGUGCACUUGGUGAUACAGACCAGUGCUUAGAAGAAAAAAGUCUACAAUUUCAUGCAAAGAUGUUUUCAGCCAAAUCUCAUACAAUCAGCAAGGAAGUAUACACCAGUUUAGUGGAUUACUUAUGUAGUCAGUUUCCAGCAAGAAAGGGUAAAUCUAUGUAUUUGAAAGAUGGUCUAGAUGUGAACAACCCCAGCAUCAAGAGUCUUCUGCGUAAGUUUCGGUUGUUGAAUGAAUUUCAAAUAGAAGUCCCCUCUUACUGGGUCAGGUUCCCAGAAAAUUUUGUGGAGGAUAUAUUGGAGAAAACAGUGAAACUGAUUGAUAUCAAUUCGCAUAGUUUAUUAGGCUCCAUGGAAAUUGUUUGUCCUGUACACUUCAUUGCACUGCUGGAUCCAAAGGCUAGGUGGUUCAAGAAAUGGAUGCAUGGGCAUUACAGCAGAACUUUUGUUCUAAAGUCUCUCAGGGAUAAACCAGGAUUGGUUGAGAAUGCCCUGCGGCAGUGUAUGGAAUUCAUAGCAAAAUCAGAAAACCUACAAGAUCCUGUUAAUAGUAUCACAAAUACUUUUGAUAAGCAAAAGAUUGGUGAUACAUAUUCAACAUUCUAUUCUGAGAAAGACUUGAAAUUUGUUCAUUUUGUGCAUUCCUUGUCUCUGAUUGGUCGUAUAUUAAUGUAUGCUGGAGGACGAAACCUUUUUCCAAUCUCUUCAAAAUAUGGACCAGUGAGCAUACAAGAUUUAAUGGUGUCUCUAGUAACAUUACUGACAGAUUCCAGCACAACUAGAUCCUCUAGAUCCCAAGACAAACUCAAUCCAGCUAUUUUGGUGACAAAUACAUUCAAAAUGCUUUGCUCGGCUAAGGAGGCUUGUCACAAAUGUUUUUGUACGAAUGUUUUCAUUGGUCAUUUGAUUAAGCCUGUUCUUGAAUGGUUAGAUGAUGAUCCUAAUGAUGUACUUCCACAGGAAGCAACUCUCCUUCACAUUGGCGAUAUUCUGACAGCUAUUGCAUCAUGGGAAGCAGGAAGGCACAUCCUUCUUUAUGGUGAAAAUGGAAAGAACUUUAAAGAAAACAGAUCUGCAGCAGUUCAUAUUAUUGCAGAGUUCUCUCGUAGAGCUCUCAAUGGAACAUUUUCAAGUACCUUCGGUCUCAGACCAAGUCGUGCUGUUGCUGGUGCAUACCUGUACCUCUGUCGACAGUUGUAUAACACCUGCGAGGGCAGACUUGCUCUUCAUCCGUAUAAGCUGCAUACAAUUGUUGUUAAUGCAUGGAAAGAGGCUGUGCGGGAAGUACAGGAAGCCACGCCUACUCCGGGAGCAGAGGAUGGUAACCCAGUUUGCUCUGCCUCUGAAGGUGCUGUUGCAUGGGAAAACACUUUGAUUGACAAUCUUCUUAAUUUUGCAGGCACACCCAAAGGUUUACUGUUCUUACAACAGACAGGUGCAAUGAAUGAAUGUGUUACUUACAUGUAUACCAGAUAUGCAAAAAAACUUCAGGUUAGCAAGACUGAAAAAUUUGGGUAUGGAACUAUGGUUACACAGGUGGCAGCCACUGCAGCUGGAAUGGCAGCCCUGCAAGGCUCAGGGUUCAUAAAACGCAUUGUUAAUGAACUAUGGACUGUAUUAGAAUGUGGCCGUGAUGACCGACCUGUUCUACGACCUUCUCAUACCCCAGUAGAUCCAAUUGACAGAACAGCUCACAAAAGUUUUACAAGUCUUGUCAAUGUGUUGUCAGCAUUCCCAGCAGUCUAUGAGGUUAUAGCUGAUCAGGUUCUGAAACAUUCCCAGAUUUACACAUUUCGUGAGAUGCCUGACACAAUAGUGGAUAUUAUUGAGAGAUUGAUUUUAGUGGACUCUGAUAGCAAGGCUCAUUCCCUCUUCAAUAUGGAACAGUCUCACACAUUUGGAUUGAGAUUAUUAAGUAUAAUGGUUUGUUCGUUGGACACUCUUCUGCUGUUGGAGUCCCAAUAUUCAAUCUGGAGCACACUCCUGAGGGCACAGCAGGACAACAAAGCAGACAAUGGUGACAUCAUUAUUGAUAUGUUGUCUGUGGAGAGGAACCAAAUACUUGUGAGAUCCUAUACAAUUGGUGGACCAUCAGAACGAGUGCUGCCUCCUAAGACCCUUGACAUAGACUCAGAACACCCUUACCCUUGGCCUCUGUUUUCAUCAUUUCCUGUUCCUAAGGACUAUAUUCCUUUUAGCUCUAGACCAUCUGCGAUGAAACAAGAAAAUGAGUUAAGCCGGCUAAUCAGUGGACUGCGUCCUUCAAACCUAAAUACUGAAUGGUUAAACAAGUUUCGUCAUGCCUUCUUUAAUGUAAUGACCAAUAAACCUGACCACAUCACACCAAAAGUGAUUCCAGAAUUACUUGAAUCCAUUGUAGCUGCAAUGAUAACAACUGGUGAAGAUAAGAUUUUCCCUAUCAAGGCCUGUACUAUCAAUGAUACUGCCCUGAAGGGGCAGACUCUCUCAUCCCUACAGAAUAAAGGAGUCAAGCUCUCCAUCAGAUAUGGCAUGUAUCUGCGUUUGCUGUCUAAUCACGAUGAGGCUUUGGAGAACCUUGCCAUUCUUCUAAAAAAGUGUCGUCAUUACCUGAGAAUGCAGCAGAGGACACUUAAUUCAGAUUUGCGUUUCUUGCAGCGUGAUUAUGUUGGUUUUGACUGGUUUGCUGCUUCUGUGUUCCUGAUGAUGGCAGGUAACAAAGACAAAGCUUGGAACUUCCUCUACCACUUCUCUACAUUGGCAUCAUCAGGGUUCCUAUGGAUGCCUAGGCUGUAUGCUUCAGUGCACUUGCCAUUGGAACAGACUAUAAGUGGUAUUCAUCCAGUGUUUUCCUCUACUGGGCACAAUGUUGAGCUAAUACUGCAACAAGAGGUUUCACAUGUAUACUCUGCCUUUAAGAUGUCAGGUUAUACUCCUUCACAGAUUUGUCAGCACUGGUUAACUCAAUCAUUUUGGAACUAUCUUGACUGGCAACAGAUUUGCCAUUAUAUUCUUGUGUGCAUUCUAUUUGGUGUUGACUAUCAGGUGUACAUCUGCAUUGCCAUUCUCCGCUUCAUGCGACCACACAUCCUACAGCACCGACAACAGCAGAACUUACAGGUGUUUCUUAAGGAAGAAAGCAUUGUAGGAUUUAAAGUGGGACAACAUCUGCAGUACAUGAAGUCGUUGGAAGAGAAGUACCGAGCUACUAUUUUACCAGACAUGGUCAAUCUUGCAAAACAAUGACCAAAAAAAGAUACUGAAAUCGUUUUCUUGAAGCUGUUAGCACAAGCAUUCAGGGAAGUUCACCCAACAAGAUUCUUGCGUUCUUGACGUCAUUAGACUAAAAAUUUGUUUAGCAAGCGAUAAUGCAGACCUUAGGGCAGACUUUUCAGUUUCAGACAUUGCACUUUCCGAGUGCCUUAGGACAUCUAUAAUAGCGUCCAUGCAGUGUUUACAGCAUUUUUGCCGUUUAAAAAGUUGAUCAAAUUGAGCGAUCUGUAUUUUAAAGAAAUCAUCACAUACAUUUUUAUAUGGAAUGAAUGCAAUGUUGCCUUUAGGGAAAAUCAAUAAUCAACUUCCUGGACAUUUUUUAAGGUGAUAAUUUCAUUUAAUGGCAAUGAUAAGUUGGUGAAGUACUUGGUUUUAUCAUGUGUAAUAAUAGCAGAGAUGAACAUGACAUUAAAAAACAAUACAGAGGCAUUUGCGAAAUCUUUGUGUGUGCUACAACAAUUCUCUAUGUUUGUAAAUUGUCACGAUAUUGUAGUGCAAGCUCUAUUUUUCAGGAGUAAAAUACGUAUUUCAAUGGA